AUCACCCAGUCUUGCUUUAAAGCAAGAUAGCAGCAAGAAAUGGCACUCUCUGCCCUGGCUAGGAAACAGAGAGCUGGGCUACCAGCAACCAGCAACCAAUAACUUUCCUGGGCCUCGACAUGCUGCGUAUCACAGAGGGCUCCCAAAGAGUCCUAUGUGCUAUGCUGGUGUCCCUCUUGCAUGCAAUUUCUAUUGAUGCUCUAAACAUAACAGACCCCCUUGCUCGAACUUCAAUUCAAAAAAGCUACGACCUCACAAAAUACCUGGAACAUCAACUGCGCUCCCUGGCUGGGCCAUAUCUAAAUUAUCUUGGUCCACCUUUCAACGAUCCUGAAUUCAACCCUCCACGUGCUAUAGGACCAGAAACUAUUCCUAGUGCCUCAGUGGACCUUCAUAUGUGGCGGAAUCUGAAUGACAGUCUGCGAUUGGCAGAAAACCAUCGGGCGUACAGUGUUCUUCUUUGCUACUUGCGCUCAAUUGAUGGUGAAGUAGCACGAACUGAACUACGAAGGAGCUUGGGUCGAUUCUGUACCAGCUUACAGGGACUAGUUGUUAGUAUUGCUGGGGUAAUGUCUUCACUGGGAUACAAUCCCCCACCUGAACUGGCCACUUCUUCUCCUCCAGGUUUAGGAUUUGGAAAGAGUAAUGACUUUCUACGCAAGAUGGAGGACUUUUGGCUUCUCAAAGAGCUGCAGAUUUGGCUAUGGAGGUCAGCAAAGGACUUUAAUCGAUUGAAAAGGAAAGUACCAGCAGUGGUCUCCUUCCGAAUGGAAUCCCAUGGCUUUUAAAUAUACGAGACUGAUGGAACACAAGCAUAGUAUAACCUUGUGAUUUAUUCGGUAUCAAGAGGGAAGUCUAAGCCACAAUAAUGUACUUUGUGAUAAGUUCAGAAUUACAGUUCUUGGGCAUUUACCGUAGCUUCCUUAUCAAUGAGCAAAAUAUGGAAUAUUUGAACUCUGCCAAACACAGCACAUGGUAGAAAUGAUGUCAUGAUUUUACAAAGUUUGAAACUUAAGUCCGUAGAAUUCCCACAAUAUUUUCUUUCUCAAAACUAAAAUUGAAGAAAAUUGCUAGAGGUGGAAAGAUGUUUCAUAAAUAGCUGAAGCCUAAGCCAUAACCCGACUGACUGGUUAUUCAUCAUUAAAGACCUUUAUCAACCACAUAAGAUAGCAUGGGUUCAUGCUGUUUUCACAGGUUCAUGCUUCCUUGUGCAUAUCAUUACACAGGAAGUCCCCCCUCAGCCAAUUUCUUUUUAUGCCACUCUAAGCCUUUUUUUUUUAAUUACAUGUGGGGGUUUUGGAUUCCCAGAUAAUUUUGACUAUGACCCAGUGUAUCUUUGGUCUUUAAAGAACCAGUAGCGAAAUAUUGUAGAGGCUCUUAUGUAUUCCUUGUAUCUAUCUGUUUUAGUUCACGUGCCAGUUAUGGCUUGUCUGCAGUCUUUGAUCCUUCUUCCCCUCUGACAUGGCUUGUCCAAUGCAACCUACUGUACAUUUCCUAUUAGAUUUCCAGCUUGCCAGAAACUGGACCGUGGAGUUUCAUAACACUGAACUUGCUUUGCUUUGAAUCCUGUCUAAUGAUAGCAAUUGAUAGAUCAGUGACAUAGAACCUAACUCAUAUUGCAGAGUCUCUGCAUUCCUAUGAGAUGCAGCUUCAGCCUACCUGUCCUCUGCUGCUCAUUUGCACACAGAAUACAGGGGACAGCAGCAUCUCAUAGAAUAAACUGGAGAUUCUGCACACACAGAUACUUUAGUAUACACAGGCAAUGUGAGUCAGGUGAAUUUUUUACCUAAUGAUUGUAUAAAGUUGCCUAUUAUAUUUCUGCCCUCCUGAUCCCUUAGAUCAGAAAUUAUAUAUUCAGCAGAACCAUAUGUAUGGAGGGUCAUACAGAGGAGCAAGUAGGGGACCCUCGUUGCACAGGGGAAGUGUCAGAGAGCAGCCAGGACGGUUUUGAAAAAUGAUUUAAUUAACCUAUAGUUCAGAGUAAGGGCUCGUUCACACAACCGCUGCCCCUCCAUUGCUGUAUUGCGGCGGGUCCGCAAUACACAGGGCACCAGCCGUGUGCAUUCCGCAUCACGGAUGCGGACCCAUUCACUUAAAUGGGUCUGCAAAUCUGGAGAUGCGGUGCGGAACGGAAGCAUGGA